AUGCACCCACGUCGAUCUGAAGGUCUCAAAACGGCCAUCGCAUUUUGUUGUCUGAUGUUGUCGGCGUUUCUCAAUUUCUUUCUGUUGACGGUAAUUCAUGAUGUUGUACCUCGUCAACCGCUUCCUGAUCUCACUUUUAUGAUCAUUCCACAACAAAAGUGGGCUUGGUCCGUCGGAGAUGUGCUCUCCACUGUCAGUUCUGUGAUGGCAUUUACCGUUGUACUGCUUCAUCAUGAACGAUGGGUAGUCCUACGUCGGAUGUUUCUCCUUGGUGCAAUAAUGUACGGGUUACGGGCUGUUGUUCUAGGAGUUACCUUUCUUCCUCCAUCGUUCCACGAUCGCGAUGAAAUAUGUCUUUCCCAGGUGAAUCGAUCAGCUAUGUACGGUAUGGAGAUUGCGACUAGAUUUCUAACAUACGUCGUCACAUUGGGUCUGACAUCGGGUCAGGAGAAGAUCCUCUGUGGUGAUUUGAUGUUCAGCGGACAUACUGUUGUACUAACAAUCAUGUAUUUCGUUCAGUUACAGUAUACUCCGAGAGGAUUAGUAUGGAUGAGGUAUCUUGCUGCACCAAUAACAUUCCUUGGCAUCAGCGCUUUAGUAGUAUCAGGGGGACACUACACAAUGGAUGUUCUCAUCGCAUACUGGUUAACAAGUCAUGUAUUCUGGGCGUAUCAUCAGAUGUUUGAAAUGCCCAAGAAAGACCGUCCAGAUGCUCCAAUGAGCCGGCUUUGGUGGUUCUGGCUGUGUUACUGGUUUGAAUCCGAUGUUGGCGAUGGCCGAUUAGAGAAUCGAUGGAAUUGGCCGUUUGAAGGACCGCGAGCGAUGCAUGAUGUCAUGCGACGAUUGAAUCGAAUACUCGAGUAA